GGCCCAGACCCGGAUUGGGCUGGGAGAGGAUCUCUUUGGGCUCCCUCCCCUGGGGCUGGGCAGGCAGGCGGGGCGGGAACUUGUCCGGAGGAUUUUAACUUGGGGAGGGGCCUAGGAGUGCCCGGCGGCAGGGCGGGAACUCCGGGGCAGCUCAGGCAGCCCCUUGACCCAGGACGUCUGGAACUCAAGGAGCAGCCAGUUCUGCCUGGGACACCCUUUGGCCUCCUGAGGCAGAGGGAGGACCCAGGACGAUGGCUGCCGCUCAUGAUGUGGAGAUAGAGGAGGAUGCGAGUCUGAAUAUGGAUAGAGAGCUGAAAGACGAGCUGGAAGAAGAGAAGAGAAUGAGAGAGGACAGGGCAGGUAAAGAGCCCUUCAAGCAUAACAAGGUCCACAGGAUCGUCUCAAAGUGGAUGCUUCCUGAACCCGUGCGAGGAACGUACCUGGAAAGAGCUAACUGCCUCCCGCCCCCUGUGUUCAUCAUCUCCAUCAGCCUCGCCGAGCUGGCGGUGUUUAUUUACUAUGCUGUGUGGAAGCCUCAGAAACAGUGGAUCACCUUGGACACAGGCAUCUUGGAGAGUCCCUUCAUCUACACUCCCGAGAAGAGGGAGGAAGCCUGGAGGUUUAUCUCAUACAUGCUGGUCCAUGCUGGAGUUCAGCACAUCCUGGGGAACCUUGUGAUGCAGCUUGUUUUGGGGAUCCCCUUGGAGAUGGUUCAUAAAGGCCUCCGGGUGGGGCUGGUGUACCUGGCGGGAGUGAUUGCAGGAUCCCUUGCCAGCUCCAUCUUUGACCCACUCAAAUCUCUUGUGGGUGCUUCAGGAGGAGUUUAUGCUCUGAUGGGAGGCUAUUUCAUGAAUGUUCUGGUGAAUUUUCGAGAAAUGAUUCCUGCCUUUGGAAUUGUCAGACUGCUGAUCAUCAUCCUUAUAAUUGCGUUGGACAUGGGAUUUGCUCUCUACAGAAGGUUCUUUGUCCCUGCAAACGGGUCUCCGGUGUCUUUUGCAGCUCACAUUGCAGGUGGAUUUGCUGGAAUGUCCAUAGGCUACACCGUGUUCAGCUGCUUUGAUAAGGCACUCCUGAAAGAUCCAAGGUUUUGGGUAGCAAUUGCAGCUUAUUUAGCUUGCGUCUUAUUUGCUGUGUUUUUCAACAUUUUCCUAUCCCCAGCGAACUGACUUGCCCCUAACACGAACCGAUGAAUGAGUAAUGCCAUCUGGGGAAAAAAAAAAACAAAACUAGAAUUCUAUGAAGAAACAGAGAAGUUCCAGCAAAUGCUAACAAUUUUAUAAAAAGGCCGAAACACCCCUGAAGUCAUUGGUUUCAAAGGCUGCUUACAAAAGGAGUUAUGGUUUAAGGAAGGGGCUCCUCUGAGUGUAAAGGGGAGGAAGAGGAAGAGAGAAAAGGGAAGGGAAGUGAGAGAGAGAGAUGGGCUUUCUCCUAAGCAUGUGGUGUGUGGGUCUGUAUCCUCUAAAAGAGAUUUGCUCUCUUGGGAGGAUAUAGUGUAGAGACUGCUUGAUAGAAUCCACAAAAAAUGUACUAUGCUGAUAAUAAAACCUUUCAUAUCUGUCAGA